UUUUCUUUUCUCGAUAAAAGAAAAUUGAGUGCGUUGAACAAGAAAGGUGUGGUUGAAAAAACGUAAAUUUUACUAUUAGAUUAAUGCGUUAGCUUGUAAAACUUGUUAAAAAUCUUUCGGAAAGUGUUAAUAUUAUAUAUUAGAGCAUCAGCAUAAUGGCAGGACGUCUACCGGCUUGUGUGAUCGAUGUUGGCACAGGCUAUACAAAAUUGGGCUAUGCGGGCAACAAAGAACCACAAUUCAUCAUUCCCUCAGCAAUUGCCAUUAAGGAGACGGCACGAGUGGGUGACACCAAUACGCGACGUAUUACAAAAGGUGUCGAAGAUUUGGAUUUCUUUAUUGGCGAUGAAGCAUUCGAUGCUACUGGCUAUUCGGUGAAGUACCCGGUACGUCAUGGAUUGGUGGAAGACUGGGACUUGAUGGAACGUUUUCUUGAGCAGUGUAUUUUUAAGUAUCUGCGCGCCGAACCCGAAGACCAUCACUUCCUUCUAACUGAACCGCCACUGAAUACGCCAGAAAAUCGCGAAUAUACCGCUGAGAUUAUGUUUGAAACAUUUAAUGUUCCUGGUCUCUACAUAGCUGUGCAGGCUGUGCUUGCCUUGGCCGCCAGUUGGGCUGCCAGACCGGUGGAAGGCCGCACACUAACAGGCAUUGUUGUAGAUAGCGGCGAUGGUGUAACACACGUUAUACCCGUGGCCGAAGGCUACGUAAUUGGAUCUUGCAUCAAACAUAUACCCAUUGCCGGCCGCAAUAUAACCUCAUUCAUACAAAGUUUAUUGCGUGAACGUGAAGUUGGCAUACCGCCAGAGCAAAGUUUAGAAACUGCCAAAGCAAUCAAAGAGAAGCACUGCUAUAUUUGUCCAGACAUCGCCAAAGAAUUUGCCAAAUAUGACACGGAGCCGGGCAAAUGGAUACGCAACUAUACAGGUACUAAUGCGGUGACCAAGCAACCAUUCAGUGUUGAUGUAGGCUACGAACGCUUCUUAGGACCUGAGAUUUUCUUCCAUCCUGAAUUUUCAAACCCCGAUUUCACCAUUCCACUAUCGGAAAUCGUAGACAACGUAAUACAGAAUUGUCCGAUUGAUGUACGACGACCUCUUUACAAUAAUAUAGUUUUGAGUGGCGGUUCGACUAUGUUUAAAGAUUUCGGUCGUCGUUUGCAACGUGACAUCAAACGAUCAGUUGAUACUCGUCUACGGAUCAGCGAAAACUUAUCAGAAGGCCGCAUUAAGCCAAAACCAAUUGAUGUACAAGUCAUUACACAUCAUAUGCAGCGAUAUGCCGUGUGGUUUGGAGGCAGCAUGUUGGCAUCCACGCCUGAGUUUUAUCAAGUGUGCCACACAAAGGCCGCCUAUGAGGAAUAUGGACCGGGAAUUUGUCGCCACAAUCCUGUUUUUGGCACCAUGACAUAAUCAUAUACCACCACACUGUGCACACAGAAUUGUUUUUCACCUCUACCUAUCACUCAAUUUCAAUUCCUUUUAAAUUUUGUUGUAUGCAAUAGUAGAAAUAGUUCAAGUCAUGUGCGGAAACAGAUAUCAAACAAAAACAGAUACAAGAUGGCGUAACGCACACAUAACUUUUGUUGAAAGACGCUUGUUUUCUUAAUAUGUAUAACAAAAUUUACCUAUGUUAAGCUGCUAAGUUAUAAUGUCAGUCGUUUUAUGUUAUAUUUAAAGUCAAUAACUAAUGAUAAAUUUGCAUUUUUUUUUUUGGUAUUAUAAUUAAAGAGUCUUAUUAUGCUUAUUAUAGCGGCAAA